GAGGAGGGAGGGGGGAGAGGGCAGUGAGUCUUGUGACCCUAAAACCAGUUGGCAACUGGCAAGCAAUAGGCGAAUUAAUGGAAUAAUUGGGGGAGGAAAUUCGAUGGAAGGACAUGCUUUAUUUUCCUCAACCUCACCCCUUUGACGUUAUGGAAAAGAAAUGAUAAUAUAGGAGGCUACUUUUUCGAUAUUUGUUCAAGCACUGUUUGUCCGCUCUCUAGUUUUUUUGGAUUCCAAUCUCCUUUCCCUUCUCUCCCCACCUAAGUUUUCCUUUUGUUGACAGAUUCACAGGGACACUCUCUUCUCUGUUGUUAGGGUUUCUAAACUAUCUCUGUUUUCCCACCUUCAUCUUACAGAGUUGUCGUUGCUGUUUGGCUUUGAUGGAUCUGGCUUAAUUUCUUGGGUAGAUUUUUAGGAAACCAAACUUUUCUUUUUCCGGAAGAGAUGGCAGCGGAGAAGGCCAGCGGCAGAGGGCAAGCAUGGUUUUGUACCACAGGCUUGCCGAGUGACAUUGUGAUCGAAGUCGACGACAUGACAUUCCAUCUCCACAAGUUUCCUCUGAUGUCGAAAAGUCGGAAGCUGCACGAGUUAAUAACUGAACAAGAGACAAACCCUACCAGAAACCAAAGCAACUUCUCUGCAGAAGAGGAAGAAUACGACGAGAUCGAGCAGGAACAGUACUGCCACAUAUCACUUCCUGAUUUCCCGGGAGGUUCUGAGACACUGGAAACUGCUGCCAAGUUCUGUUAUGGCGUCAAGAUCGAACUAUCGGCCUCCAAUGUGGCUCCUCUCCGUUGCGCCGGAGAGUUUCUGGAAAUGACUGAGGAGUACUCAGAAGACAAUCUCAUUUCUAGAACCGAGAGGUAUCUUUCCCAAUCUGUUCUCAUAAGCGUCAAAGAGUCUAUAAAAACCCUGAAGUCCUGCGAAGGGUUGAUGCCUCUGGCUGAAACACUGGACAUUCCUCAGAGAUGCAUCGAAGCUAUAGCAGAAAGGGCCUUAUCCGCUGAUCCAUCUCUGUUCGGGUGGCCGGUGAAUGACGGUAGAGGCUCUUCGAACCCGUUAUUGUGGAACGGGAUCGAGACCAGUGUGCGUCGAAAGGGCACCAGUAGAACCACUACUUCCGACUCGUGGCUUGAGGAACUUGCCCUUCUUAGUUUACCUCUGUUCAAGCGUUUAAUUUUGGCUAUGAGAGCUCGAGAUCUUAGUCCAGACGUUAUCGAGAGUUGUCUCAUGUACUAUGCGAAGAAAUACAUUCCAGGUAUUUCGCGCUCCAAUCGGAAGCCUCCAUCCUCGUCGGUAGUUUCGGAGACUGAACAGAGAGAAUUACUGGAGGCAAUAAUCACGAAUCUUCCAUCCGAGAAUAGCUCAAGAUCUUCAAUAGCGACUAGGUUCCUGUUCGGGCUGUUAAGAACUGCAAACAUAUUGAACGCUUCAGAAGCUUCUCGGGCCGCUCUGGAGAGGAAAAUUGGUUCGCAAUUGGAGCAGGCUACGCUUGACGAUUUGCUGAUACCGAGUUAUUCAUAUCUGAACGAGACAUUGUAUGACGUGGAUUGCGUUGAACGGAUUUUGGGGUACUUUCUGGACGGACUGGAGGCUGGAAUUGAAGGUGAGAUUGGGGAUGGUAGCAUCAGACCGCCAGCGAUGAUGCUCGUGGGAAAAUUGAUCGAUGGUUACCUCUCGGAGAUUGCUUCAGAUGCAAAUCUGAAGCCGGAUAAGUUUUAUGAACUUGCCAUUGCUCUUCCAGAAAAUGCUAGGCUGUUUGACGACGGCUUAUACAGGGCGGUUGAUGUUUAUCUCAAGGCGCAUCCAUGGGUGGCAGAGGAAGAGCGGGAGAAGAUAUGCGGAGUGAUGGACUGCCAGAAGCUGACAUUAGAGGCGUGCACACACGCGGCUCAGAACGAGCGCCUUCCAUUGCGUGCAGUGGUUCAGGUUCUCUUCUUCGAGCAGCUUCAGCUUCGCCACGCAAUUACCGGCUCUAUUCUCGCAGCAGAAGCCGCUCCGCCGGACUCCGGCAGGCCCUCUAAUUUACAGCUGGAGCAAGAAGGCGAAAGCGCGGUGGGAGCGGCGCAAGAUGUCAGCACGUGGAGAGCAGCGGUGAGGGAGAAUCAAGUGCUGCGGCUGGACAUGGAUAGCAUGAGGUCGCGGGUGCAUGAGCUAGAGCGUGAAUGCUCCACGAUGAAAAAGGCGAUUGAAAAGAUUGAUCAGUUGGGGCCAUCAGGUGGGGGCGGAGGUUGGCGGGGCUCGCUGACCAAGAGGUUCGGAUGCAAGUUCAAGACUCAGGUAUGCGAUUCGCAUGAGCCAAGUGUCGUGGAGACGAGGAAAGCAAGGCAUCAACAUCAGCAUCAGCAUUAGCACCAGCAAUAGACCUUCAUUCCAAUCCUCUCAGGUGUAAAAUCAGUAACUUGUAUUGUAUCAUGGUCACGCCCAUCGUUUAGAUUUUUAUUUAUUUGAUCAUACACUAGAGAGUAACCUCUGAAAAGGCUGGAAUAAAAGAUUUUUGUACAGGUGACUCUACUUUCACCAA